AGAGAAGAAUCGCGUUAUCCUUGAAACAGAAGAGCAUCAAACGAUGACACCCGGCCUCCUCGAACCACCGCGGUUCUAUAAAAACCUGUGGAAGGGAGCGUGUAGAUUACAGACGCGGUAGAGGCUUCAUAGAUAGUAGAAUUCGAUUAGGGUUGAUAGAAUGGCUUCCAAAUGUUUCGUGGUGGCGGUGGCGGUUUCGUUUACAGUUACACUUAUUGAAGCAGCUAGACUACCAAGUGACUGGGGACGAUGUCACAGAACUGAUCCUGACUUUGAAGGAUGUCUGAGGCAAAACAUUGAGGAUGCAAUUCAAAAGUUAAAAAAUGGUUCUCCUGAGCUUGGUUUGAGUACCUUUGACCCAUUGGAUAUACCUCAACUGGUCAUAGGAGAAGGAAAGGGAACUGUCAAUGUUGCUCAGCAUUUUAAUGACUUGCAGCUUCAUGGACUUACUGGAUCCAAGGUUAUCUCUUCCAGCGUCGACUUCAAAAACAAAAAAAUUUACGCUAGAUCGGUCACACCAUAUUUGAGGCUACAGGGGCACUACACAAUGAAAGGAAGAAUUCUACUACUACCCAUUGUAGGUGAUGGUCAAUGCAAUAUUACCCUGAUUAACACCAAAAUCAACCAUACCUUGACCGCCGAGGAAAAAAUCAAGAAAGGUAAAGUUUUCUGGACUUUCAAGGAAUACACCAUCACGCUAGAACCGGAAAUGAUGAGCUACAACUUCGACAACCUUUUCGACGGCGAACAGGCUCUUGGAGACAACAUCAACAAGGUCCUCAACGAAAACUGGAGCGAAGUAUUUGCAGACGUUAGAGAAGGCUAUGAAAAAGGAAUUGGUGCAAUAUUCCACAAUUUAGCUAAUAGGGUAUUUAGUAUAGUACCACUUGAUGAGAUUUAUUUACAAUAGGUUGUUAUUAGGCAUGCAAUCAGUAUUUUGCAUUUAGAAGAUUUUCAGAGAGCUAUUUGAACAAAGAAGGAGCAUUAUUUCUUAGUAUUUGAUAUAAUCGAAUCUUCAGGCGAAUAAUAGAUACCAAACCUUUCAACUACUGCAGCGAUAUUGAAUCUUUCAUGGGCCGGCAAUUCGGCAAUACUUCCUUGGUUUGGUUGGCUGGUUAUUGAGAUGAAGCGAAAUUUGAUACAGAGUACAAAUCGGUCGACUUAUCAAACUUUCAAAAAAAUUAAAGUAUUUUUGUAUUUUGUGCUAUGAGAAUCUUGAUUAGUUUGAGACUCGUGGCUGAAAUUGUUGGAAUCAUUAUAUGGAACACGUUUGAUAGUAUUGACGCACAUUUUGUAAUAAAUUAUAAAUGCAAAUAAAUUUGUCAUGGAGUAUUUUGGAAAAGAGUCGAUAAAAUGAAGUCGACUUAAACAUCAAUCAGACUUGUUCAAAACAAAAUUUUAUCUUGACAAGUCCUUGUGUGAAUUUAUUACCGUUUUAUGUAAUCUUGAUUUAAUUAUAAGCUCUUAUUAAAAUUGUGAUACACUAAACUAUGUAGAACUAGUCGUAUUUAAUACACGAUGAUUAAAUAAACAUGAGUAUUACUUAAUUUCAAAU